AUGGAUCAUCAAAAUGACCUAAAACCAAUUGUACCACUUGCUGCUGCUGCUGCUGCUGGAAGUUUGAUGUUAUCAAAUUGUGAACAAAGUCCAUUGGGUAAAUUAAUGGAACAGUACAACCGGUUAGCCUCAGAAAGUCGUAUUGCUGCAUCGGUGGAAGAAAAAUUAUCAUCAAAAAAAGAUUCAAGAAAUACCGAAACAGUAGCAGUAGCAGCCGCAGCAAUGGCAGCAGGAGGUGGUGGUACACUGGUAGAUACGAUGCCGUAUACAAAUGCUACAGCUACAGUUUAUUCACCAUACUCAUGGUCAGCAGCUGCAACAGCACCAUGGUGGACAACCGAACCAACUGGAACUUGGCCUCCGUUACCGUAUUCACCAACUGUUGGUACUGAUACUGCUACAGCAACUUAUUCACCAUAUCUUGGUCCACAAUUUCAAGGACUACUAUCUGCUGCUACCGUAUCAGCUACAGUAUCAGCUGCUAGUCAAGUAGCAUCGAUAUCAAAUUCUAAUUCUAUCGGUAAUUCAUUAUCAAAAAUCUCUAACAAUUCAACAACACAUGCAGGAGGUGGCAAAUUACCUACACGAUCCAACUGUGAAUGUCCAAACUGUCAGGAAGCCGAAAGAUUGGGAUCACCAGGUCGGGAGCAAGAAGAAACAUUGGAAUGA